CUAAUCCAACCAACUUCACCUACCUUAUACUAGAGAGACGACUGGUGAGCGCUUGCUUACGUCCAUGGUAACCAACUUCCAACCCUGCCUGGACUCGCUUCUACAAAGUCUUCCAUCUCUUCUCUGGACCCCUUCUCUGGACCCCCAGAUAUAUUGCACCUAUCGAAUUUGACCCACGAUUUCAUUAAGAAAGAAUAUUUCGUGGAAUCAUUCGCCAUCAUGUCGGCCGAAUAUCCCAAACAUCCCUUUCUCUUGCAUGUGGACGAGGUCGUUGCGACCCUCGGCGUCAACAUCGAGAAAGGCCUCAGCCCCGAACAGGUCAAUGAAGCCCAGGAGAAAUAUCCGCCGAAUGAAUUCGAGGUCUCCAAGUCCAUUACCUGGUACAUCAUACUCAGCAAGCAGGUCUUCAAUGCCAUGAUCCUGGUCCUGAUAUUCGCCAUGGGUUUAAGCUUCGGUAUAGGCGACUAUAUCGAGGGAGUUGUCCUCGCCAUUGUAGUCGUCGUCAAUGUUACCAUUGGCUUCUACCAAGAGUUCCGUGCCGAAAAGCGCAUGGAUGCGUUGCGAGCCCUUUCAUCUCCCUCCGCAACCGUUCUCCGAGAUGGAAAGACCCAGGUCGUCCCAAAUGCCCAGGUCGUACCCGGGGACAUUGUCCUCCUUAAGAUGGGUGACACAGUUCCGGCUGAUCUUCGUAUCUACGAGGCUAUGAAUUUGUCGUGCGACGAGCAAUCCCUCACCGGCGAGUCGGUCCCCGCCGACAAGUCCAUCGAAGCCGACAUACUCGUUCCCGGAUCCGAUCAGAUUGCCACCUCGGCCGACCAAGUCGGUGUCGGCGACCGCUUGAAUAUCGCUUACGCAACCACCAUCGUCAGGAAGGGUCGUGGCCGAGGCAUCGUGGUUUUCACCGGCAUGAAAACCGCCGUUGGUGAGAUCGCCGCUUCGACCACGAAGCGCAAGCGCAAGCCCGGUCGUUCCUUGAACUACAAGAAGUACGGCAUGAAGCAGCCUUUCGUCGGCGCCUCGAAGCGGACUUGGGAUGCCAUUGGCAAGUUCCUCGGCCUCACCGAGGGUACGCCCUUGCAGCGAAAGCUUGCCGCACUUGCCUACUACCUGUUCGGAUGCGCCGUGAUCCUCGCCAUCAUCGUCUUUGGCGCCCACCAUUUCGUGCUGACCGGAGAAGUCGUCAUCUAUGCCGUAUCCCUGGGCAUUGCCAUCAUCCCCGAGUCUCUUGUUGCUGUCCUCACCAUCACCAUGGUAGUGGCCGUCACAGUCAUGCGUAAAGCCAACGUUGUCGUCCGAGACUUGUCAGCCCUUGAGGCCCUCGGCGGUGUCACCAACAUCUGCUCUGACAAGACUGGCACCCUCACUCAGGGCGCCAUGAUUGUUCGCAAAGCCUGGCUUCCGAUGAACCACACCUAUACUGUUCACGACUCGCGGAGUCCUAGUGACCCAACUCAGGGGCGAGUGGGAUACGCCGCGACGAUGGAGGUAGACGAGAAGGAGGACGAUUCCCGAUGUGAUUACGACCGCGAACGGUCUGCGGCUACCCUCCGCUUCGACCUGCCCGAGCCAAAAGAGAAAAUUCCCCUACCCGCCACAGCGCCCGAAGUUGACGCCGUCUUGACGCCCGCUCUUCGGGCAUUCCUGCUGUCAGCCGCCUUGUGCAACCUGGCUACCGUCCGGUAUGACCGAGAGGAGUCCGAGUGGCAGGUGACCGGUGAGCCCACCGAGAUUGCCCUCCAGGUAUUCGCGCACCGGUUCGAGCUCGGCAAGAAGUCUCUCGAGAGGGAGGGGUGGAAACAAGUAGGCGAAUUCCCCUUCGACAGCUCCAUCAAGCGCAUGUCAGUUGUCUACAAUGCGCCCCAAGGAGGCGCAUCUCAGGUCUUCCCGAACGAUAGGAGCGUCGUCUUCACCAAGGGUGCUGUUGAACGGAUCCUUGACCUCUGCAGUCACCUGGGCUUUGGCACCUCGAGUCAAGUCCUUACCGAUGAACUCAGAGAAGAAGUUUUGAAGCAAAUGAACCAUCUGGCGUCGCAGGGUCAACGGGUUCUUGGUAUCGCCUACCGGGAGUGGGAGAAGGGCAGGUUCGUCAUGCCUCACUCCUACGGGGGCUCGGGCUCGGAUAGCGACAUUGCCAUUCGCGCCGAAGUUGAGCAAGGUCUCACCCUGCUUGGGCUGGCUGGCAUCUAUGAUCCGCCCCGCCGGGAGACCAAGGCUUCCAUUGCAGAGUGCGCGACCGCAGGGAUCAGGGUCCACAUGCUCACCGGUGACCAUCCCGAGACGGCUAAGGCUAUCGCGAAGGAGGUCGGCAUCAUCCCCAGGAAUAUGGGCAUAUGGCCAGAGGCCGUGGCCCGGGCCGCUGUCCUCAAGGCCACCGAUUUCGACCGCAUGACUAAGGAGGAGAUCGACCGCCUACCGGAACUGCCUCUCGUUAUCGCUCGAUGUGCUCCCGAGACCAAGUCGCGCAUGAUUGACGCCCUCCGACGCCGACACGCAUUCAUGGCGAUGACCGGGGACGGCGUCAACGACGCGCCUUCCCUGGCCCGCGCCGACGUCGGAAUAGCCAUGGGGUCUGGAUCUGACGUGGCCAAGGGAGCUUCCAAGAUUGUGCUAACGGAUGAUCAAUUCAACUCAAUCGUCUCCGCGAUCCGCCAGGGUCGCCGCAUGUUCGACAACAUCCAAAAGUUCAUUCUUCACCUACUCACGUCCAACGUUGGCGAAGUGAUCCUCCUCGUGGCAGGUCUAGGUUUCCGGGAUAGCACGGGCCUGGCUGUGUUCCCCAUAUCGCCGCUCGAGGUCCUCUGGAUCAACAUGGUGACAUCUUCGUUCCCUGCCUUUGGGCUUGGCAGGGAGGAGGCGGCGCCGGAUGUGAUGCGAAGGCCACCCCAUGACAAGAAGCGAGGCAUAUUCACGGACCAAAUCAUCGUCGACAUGUUAGUAUACGGAACCAUGAUGGGAGGAUUGACCAUGGUCAGCUUCUGCAUCGUCAUCUGGGGCGCCAACGACGGCCGCCUUGGCGUUGAGUGCAACAAGACCUACUCGGACGCUUGUAUUCCGGUCUUCCGUGCUCGGGCCUGCGUCUUCGCCGAGCUUACUUGGAUGAUUCUACUGUCGGCCUGGGAGUUCAAGAGCCUGCGGCGUUCUGUCUUCCGGCUCGACCCCGACGACGAGAGCCGUUUCCCCCUGUUCAAGGACCUGUACAGCAACAGGUUCUUGUUUUGGGCCGUUAUCAUCGGCGGUCUCUCCGUCUUCCCGGCCGUAUACCUCCCCUAUGUGAGCACCGAGCUUUUCAAGCACACCGGCAUCUCGUGGGAAUGGGCCGUGUCGGUGGCUUUUACUCUUCUCUUCGUCGUGGGCAUUGAAGCGUGGAAGUUCGUCAAGCGACGCUUGCAGCUGCUACAACAGACCCCCGUACGGCAUGACGAAAUUUUCAACCAGGGCGAAGAGGGCCUGGGCCCGUCGUUCAAGAAGUCCAUGACCUUCAGCAGCUUUAAAGAGUGGGCCAGUUUCUCGCUGAAGGACUCGACGAAUGGCUUUCGAUCGCGAUCGAGGUCUCGAUCCAGGCCGCUGCCGCAACAGCCUGAUGGCGAUUCCUCCGGGGCACCGGACGGGUUGGACGGCGGGGUCAAUGCUACCCGAGCUGUCUGA